UUUAAUGCUGAGGACCAAUGAAAAUGCAGUGAGUGCGUAUCCUGUACGUUUUCUUAGCGCGGGAAAGAAUGAUGUCGACAACUACAUACGUAAACUACAGGGGAAAGGCGAGACACACACCCCACGAAAGCCAGUUUUGAGACGUCGUUUUCGCAUAGUUUAUCAUUUUAUGUGGCUAAUAUCCUUCGAAGUGGUAUGGAUAUAGAACGGAGUACUGAAAUAUGUGGGAACGUCCCGGAUGUAACAUUGUCAACACCAAAGAGGAAGGACUUCUCUACAGCUAAGGGGGCUCAUAAAAGGACCCCAUACACGGGAUACAAAGUCCAUUCCAGCUUCAAAUCACCUGUCCAGACCUCCAGUACUGGCCCCGCCAAGCCUGAAGACGAGAUAGAGGAACUGAAGAAGACACGGGCGAAGUUAGACUCAGAGAUUACCCUGUUGGAGAAAGAUGGGAUCAGAGUUGAUGAGUUGGAGCAGCACAUUGACUUGCUACAUGAGUACAACGACAUCAAAGACGUCGGACAGUCACUCGUAGGCAGGAUAGCUGCCCUGAGAGGAGUGACCACACAAGACCUAUAUGGCCAAUUUGGCCUUGAGCUGGAUGACUGAGGGAGAGAGAGUGGGUGCCCAUCCUAUGCUCUGCCCCCUCCAGAACAAGGGGGGCUAAGUUGCAUUCUUCAACAGUCUUUUCUUUGGUGGGUGUUUGGCGCGGUAUGGCCUAAUCUACAUAGGUAUAACCAUGUGUGUAGGCAGCACACCAUACACAAUUGCCCUCUGGGCCAACUACAAAAGUGGAAAUAUUCAGAACAGUACAGAGUCUGUAGACUUUGUUGUUGUACAUCGUUCUCUUUUACUAAACACCCCCCCCCUCUCCUUCAUUGCACUUUUAUAAGAAGGUAAUGCAUUUAUUUCCAUUAAGUAUAGUAUUGGUGCAUACUCUGCUUCAGAAGUGCAAGGGAAAACUGACUUUCAAACUAACGUCUGCUCUAUUUCCAAAUGUAGUGCUGGCAAGUUUAUUAGUAAAACAAAUGUUUUACCUCAAAUGUAUUAUUUGCUAAUUAAGUUCUGGCAAGGUCCACUAAAAUACAACUAUUUGUGCAGUAUAUUUUGUUUUUGACUGCAAAUGAUGUCUUGAAUGCAUGUUCAGAGAUAAAGUGAAUUGUCCCGGA